AUGAUGAACAUGCCUGUGUGUCUCUGCUGCUUGCUCCUGGGCUUCAUGGCAGUCCACAGCCGGGUCCUCACGCAGAGUCGCAUCGUCGGUGGUCAUCCCGCGGCGCCAAACUCCAUCAGAUACAUCGUGUCACUGCAGAGUACGAGUGGUCAACACUUCUGCGGCGGAUCGCUGGUUCACCGAUACUGGGUGCUGACCGCAGCACACUGUAACAUCGGGGCAGAGCGGAUGAUGAUAGUGGCCGGCGACCACAGAGUAAACGUCUUCGAGGGCACUGAGCAGUACGCGAAGCCCCACAGGCUGGUCACCCAUCCGCUGUACAACAGCAGCACCAACAAUAACGACAUCAUGCUCAUUAAGUUGCGGGCUCCGAUGGUCCUGAACAAACACGUGGCCCUGGUUGCUCUUCCAAGGCAGGGGACGGGUGUGAUCGAGGGCCACGUGUGCCGGGUGUCCGGGUGGGGAUACAGUAGUUGGGGUGGAUCCCAGGUCCCCGCAACACUGAGGACGGUCACGGUCCCCAUCGUUUCACCGGCACGUUGCAACAGCAGCGACUCCUUCAACGGUAAUAUCACAGCAAACAUGAUGUGUGCCGGGUACAGGACAGGAGGAAAAGACGCAUGCAAGGGAGACUCUGGCGGCCCGCUGGUUUGCGGGGGACGGGUGUUUGGCGUGGUCUCCUGGGGCAACGGGUGUGGUGAUUCUCAGUUUCCUGGCGUCUACACGGCCGUCUCCAGAUUUCGCCGGUGGAUUGAUCACACUAUCUACGGACUGUACAUGCGAUGUUCCAAAUACUGA